CACUAGCUCAUCCCCAGUACCAGAGAGGAAUCAAGGUCCCUGAACGCUAGCGGAUAUCAAGCUUUACACCCUGCAAUAUACAUUUUCAAAAUCGGAUUCUUACUUCCUAGGCACAAUGGGCGUCGAGAAGAUGGUCCUCAAGCCGGGGAAUGGCUGUGAUGUCCCCAAGAAGCAUGACGAGGUGUCCAUGGAAUACACAGGUUGGCUCUUCGACGAAGAUACACCAGACAACAAAGGCACAAAAUUCGACACGUCAGUGGGUCGCGGCGACCUCAUUACGCCGAUUGGUGUUGGUCGCGUCAUUCGAGGCUGGGAUGAGGGUAUCCUAGGUUCCACUUCAAGCUCCCCAAUGACGUUAGGCGAGAAAGCAACUUUGACUAUAUCAGCUGACUAUGGUUAUGGCGCCCGUGGCUUCCCUGGACACAUCCCAGCAGAUGCCAAGUUAAUCUUUGACGUCGAACUUAAAGCCAUUAACGGCAAGCGGGCGUAAAAUUUCCGGUCCUAAUACUUGCACGGCUGCGCCAUGCGUUAGUCGAUAUACCCCGUCACUCCCGACCCGCCCCUACCGCCAGUCAGAUAGGUCGUUGCUUCAGAAACUCUUUUUCUGAGACGGGGAGAGACUUUGAUUCACACGACCCAUUCUCGAUCGGAGCAAAUACAGUAAUCAUCCUUGGUCUCAUUUCUCUUCCCGGACACCGACACAAAAGUUUUGGUUGUGGUUACUUUUACUUUUUACUAGAUUUGCGCCUUUUAUCGGGUAUUUAUCGGGUUU